GAGAAAAGAUAAAUACGUUAUGCAAGAGAUUACAGAGCAAGUAUUUAUUUUACAUAAACUAAAAAUAGACAGGAAACUAAUGACUGAACAUGGCCUACAGCAUAUGUGUCAAGUUAAUCUAAUUGUUUUUGUUAUCAACAUGCAUAAUAGUUCACCCCAAAAAUAUUUUUUCCAUUAUUUGUGCUACCCCAUGUUCUUCAUGACUCUUUCUUAUGUGAAACAUAAAAUAUAUAUAUUAUAUGAUGGAAGUCAAUGAUAGAGGUAAUUUGGUUACUUAAAUUCUUUAAAAUACUUUCUUUUGUGUUCUGCAGAAGAAAGAAAGUCGUACAGGUUUUGAAAAACAUGAGGUUGAGUAAAUACAUUUUUGGGUGAAGGUCAAAUUCAGAAUUGUUGAAGAUUUUUUAAUUAAGAAAUUAUGUUUAACAUCAGAUUGUCUUUAAUGCAGGUGAUAAAAUGCUUAUGGAUUUAAGCUACGGUAGCCAGUCUAACCUGCUUUCACAGCAGUACCCUCCCCCUCUACUGCCCAAACCAGGGAGAGACAACAUCCGUCUGCAAAAACUCCAAAAGAAAACAACUAAGAAGAAAGUCGGCUCAUGCUCUCAGACACCCAUCCCAUUCCGGUCCAGCCUAUCUCCAGUGAAUGAAGCUAGUCCUGAUCUAGAGCACAGUGACCACUCCACUCCUCCCAGGACUCCAGAAACCCCUCUCUUCAGAAGGACCCCUGACUCUCGAUAUUCUUCCACAAGCCCCUUCCACCACUACUCGAGUUCCCCAUUUUUGUACUCUCCCAAUAGCUCACACUACAGUUCCACACCAACACUGUCAUACUACAGCCCUGCCCGAUCCCUGGAGCAUCAGAUAGCACCACUAUACACAUGCUCAUCGCUUCUUUUUGACGAUGACACAGAGCAGACUGCUAAUUCGUACACAGAUGCACCACUUGAGAUAGCAUUCAGCCAAACGCUUCAAUCCCAGCCUUUUGGAGAAGUGACUAGGUAUGGGCCUUCAGAAGAACAGCUAAGUUAUGGUGUGGAUAACUAUCAAGCCUCAGGGCAAACACAAGCUCCCACUUUGGCUCCAGUUCGAGCACCUGCUCCAAAUGUGACAUCAUCCUUUUCAUCUGCUCACCAGACAAGGGUGACACAGAGUCACAUCAUGAAUGAAGAAAAUAAGAAUGUUACACCUGCACUGUCUACUCCCAAGCCUUUUGCAAAUGAUCACAUUAUGGAAAUUGGCUCUGAGCAUACACAAUUUGGCACAGGCAUGACUUCCACAGUGGAGAAAAUACCUCUGUUUCCACAAACUAGGAUUUUCACUCCAAAGACUUCAUUAUAUGAUGUAUUAAAGCCACCUGUUCAGGACACAUUAGCACGUGAGACAGCUUUUAAAGGACCGUCCAUCGCAAAACAGGACCCAAUAAAUGCUCAACAGAAUGCAGCGAUGGCAUAUGAGGCUAAAGCGCCUUUAAGUCAACCAAACACACAUACAUACUCUGUUACAAAAAGAACUGAGGACAAUCAAAGAUUGUUUAUAUUAAACACCACUUCUUCAUCCACAAUGGAAUCGAUAGCAUCUUCAAGAAACUACCUGGGACAGAAAACUCAGAAUCACUGGCUCCAAUCUUCCUCAUCCAUUAAUGUGAAAAAUCAAAGUGAUGUAGUUGAUAACAAUGCUGUCCUUCCAAAAACUGCUGUGGAUAAAAUAAACUAUUCCACUCCAAACGGUGUUGUUCAAUUUGCCACAGGACUCAAACCAUUUAUUUCUGAGGCCUAUUCUAAGGAAUGUCACACACCAAAGAUUUCUAAAUGUGCAGUUUCAUUAUCCAAGACACUCGCUGAAUCUAGCAAUUUAAGCUCAAGGGAGUGUGAGAUGCUUACAUCUAAGGUUCCAGAGCAGCAUUCAAUGUCCAAAACGGAAACUUCAGAGCCCUAUAUAAUAACACCAACUAAUUCUGCUCCAAGUAAUACAAAACAAGAAAAGCCCAUGAUUGCACCCUCCAGAUCUUAUACAUCCAUUACUCCUUUAUAUUGGUCACCAAGACCACCAGCACGUUUUGUGGGCAACCAGACACCACUUCAAAAUGAACCCAAUACCCCAAAACGAAAGUCAACAUAUUAUGGAUUGACACCUGCAGAAUACACUGCGUAUGGUGGAUUCAAGGUCCAUUCGCACCAUGAUCCUUCUGUAUCUCAAGUACAAGAAGAUUUGAAAAGUGCUUCUGUUUCCAAAUGUUCUGCAACAGGAUCUCAAGAAAUAUUCAAUUUCAAAUCUGAUAUCAAAAGUGAAGCAUCAUCUGAUGUGCAAAAGCAAGUUUCAGAGGUUUUCCAACCUUCUGCGGCAGUUUCUUCCUCAAAGCUCGCAACAAAGAUACCAGUUACUGACAAUACUGAAACUCAAACUGUAAACAACACUGCCCAGGAUAAACGAGUUAAAACUUCAAGCAAACAAGAUUCAAUACCUAGGGUGCCAAGGCCUCCAGCUCUAAAUGCUGAAAAUACACCUUUAGAAAAGACAGCAAACCCAUCCAGUGUUGCUGUAUCAGAAGCUUCAAGACCACCAAUUUCAGCGGCUACAAACAUCAACCCUUCAUUCACAACAGAGGGGAAAAAAAUGCCAGCUUAUCCUUUUCCCAUGGCACAAUCAAAUAUUCCGAACUCAAAUACAAUCGAAUUAUUAAGACAGAAUUUUUGGUCUAUUCAAAACCUCCCACUGCAAACAGCUCAGUCAGGGUAUGCACACAGAUCUAUAUAUCCAACCAAAAGGUCUAACUCUGCAUCAGAGAAAACAAUGAAGUCACUAGUUUCUCCAACUCCAGAGCGGAAAACCCAGGUAUUUUUAGAAAUGCACCAGCUUUACGAUUCUACUAUCCUUGCAAGCAGUGAACACACUACCAUGAACAUCAACAAUGAACUCAUUGAAGGUUUCACUGUGAAAAAAGACACAUCAAACUCAACUAACAACUAUUCUAAAAUGCCCUGCGCCGACACCAGAAGUUACAACAAGAUCCCUCCUGAUAUUAAACCUGGAGACCUCCCAAAUCCAGAAGAACCUAAACCUUCAGCUCACUCAAGCUUAGGAACAUCUAAUUUUGCAGCCCCUUCCAUGACAGACCUAUCAAAACAUGGAGUCUCAAAUACAUCGAAUGCACCCAAUACUGCAAGUUACACUAAAUCAGAUGUAUCUAAACCUGCAGAUUUGUUGAAAAUAGACACAGCUCAUCCAGGAGCAAAUAAGUCUGCAGUUGUAUCAAACGUAUACCAAAAAACACCUCCUAACCUACAACAUUUGUUAAACAGUGAUGUAACUAAAAAUCAGCAGAUACAAAAACACGAAACGAGCCUGAAAUCUAUGCCUAGCCCUUCAAACACAACAACCAGACCACCUUCAGAUGCACGUAUUUCUUCUGAGAAACCUGUAGUUUUCUUACAGGCAUCUAAUAGUGAAUCUCCAACCACCCUGUUGGCAAUGGAAAUAUCUCUAAUGCAAAACAAAAAAGAAGACUUGAUGUCUCUUACUGGUGCCAUAAAAGAGUCAAAACCACCUGUUUUAAUGUCUGAUUUAACAUCAGACAUUAAGAACUCUAAUAACAUGAGCGUUGCCAGCAAAACUGCAGCUAAACUUACAAUUGACUCUAAAUUGAAAAAUUUAACAAAAGCACAAACAAAUUCAACUUCACCUAGCAAACUACAUGAUAACAAACAAACCAUACCCUUUAAAUCUGAUCCUCAGAAAUCAUUAAUAUUUUCAAAUAACAAAUCACAUUUUAUUUCCAAAGCUCAAAGUGCAGAACCUAACCUUGCUGCCAUGCUUCUUAAAGUGGCCAAAUCUCUAUCACUCUCUUCAUCUGAAGAAUCAGGAACAUCCCAAACUGCAGCAGUCAAAGAGUCAAGCAUGGUUGUAUCACAUCUAUCUGCUCAGGGUUCAAAAACCAACAUCAUCACUGAUGAUAAAGCCAAAGAAUCAAAGUCUAUCAGUGAUGCCUCAAAAUCUCAAGACUUUUCCAGAAAUUCUUUCACCGCUGAGAGACAAAAUGAUGCUGUUGACACUGAGGUAUCCAGUGAAAAUAAAACCCACAAAUCAGGCACAAAUGACAAAGUUAGCAGUCAGACUUCUUCUCAAUCUGCAUCAGGGGAUCACAAGACACAAAACGAACUAAAAGCUGCUCAGAAACCCAAAGGCCUAAAGGCCAAACUCAGCGGCUGGACAAAACUAAAAAAGCACAUGGUGGUUGAACCAGAAGAACCUAGUUUUCCUGAGCCCGAAAUUGAGAAAAACGGACAGAACGUAGAUAUAAAGACAAUUGAUAACAAGGAGUCUGCAGGUGUCACAGAAGAGAUAGAGGGUCAAGAUGUAGAGAAAAAGAAAGCAGAGCCCAGGGCAUUAAAAAUGUGGGAUGCUGUACUUUUUCAAAUGUUCUCCACGAAGGAAAACAUAAUGAAGCAGAUACAUGCCGACAAAACAGAGGAAGAGCAAAAAAAUGUAGAAAAGGAUCACCAAGUAGUUCCAUCAUUUGUCCACCGCCUGCCCAUCCUUCUCUAUAGCCCACGUUUUAAUGCUCGGAAGCUGAAGGAGGCGGCUGCGAAGCCUCUCACCAAAAUAGCCACGGCCUUUGAGAGAGGACUUAUUAGUCGCAAACAGAAAGGUGAAGAGCCAAAGGACUUCAACAGAACAGCCAAAGGAUUUGGGCCUCCUACAACAAAAACUACAGAUGCUUGAUUUUAUAGUAGAUAAGUUGAUGUAUAUGUUGAAUUAUCCAAUUGUAAUGUUAGAAUAAGCACUCACGCUUUAGUUGGUGCAACGGACUUUGAAUUUAAUUGAGCUUUCUUUAAUUCAAUCGCUGACGGACUCUAAUCAUGUAUGCUAUGUAGUGAGGUCUGCUGUGAGUAGUGCUGUACUGUAAAAGGAUUGGUCAGCAGAAAUCGAGGCCUAGUGCAUUCCUACAUUAAGAGGGCUACUGAUGGGUGCAGCUGUUCAGGAUGUGAACUGUGGAGAGUGAAAAUGUAGACACGGUCUGACAACGUCAUGGUGGGAAUGAUCAAAAAGGAAACUGGCUCAGAGAGAGGUGUGCCAUGGGAUGGAUUUAAGGGUUAAGUUAUCUCAUGUCAUCCGAGACGGGUCAGCCGAGCUGGCAGGCUAAGAAUAGAGUGCCUUAGGGGCAAUUCACAUUUCGCGUCUAAAACUGCGCGGAAAACACGAGCCGCGGCGCUUUCUCUAGUCAAAUGACAUCCGGCUCACGCACGGCACACUGUAAAGUUGAACUUUCUCCAACUCGACGCAGCAUCGACAAGCCUUAAAAAAUGUUGCUCCCUAUUUGCGUGCACCUGCCGCGUGUUUAGAUUUAAAAUAAUGAAAUUGCCCGCGCAAAAGACGCUAUGUGUGAAUCACCCCUUAGAAUGUAAAGUUUAGACCCUCGUCAAAAUAAGCUAUUAUGGGCUUUAUAGGGAGGUAUAUACUGUAGGUAUUUGAAAAUAAGAAAAUGAAAUCAUACUAAAACGGAUCAUUGUUUCAUUAUUAUUGUUUAGAAUAGUAUAAGGUGUGUUCAUUUACUAGAUUGACAUAAAAAAAGUUUGAGUGUUGAC